AUGUCUACCCUUUUGAAAUCAGCUCAAGCCUUGAAACCAUUAUUUGAUAGAGUUUUGGUGCAAAGAUUGAAAGCAGCUAACAAAACCGCUAGUGGACUUUACAUCCCAGAAAAGAACCAAGAGAAGUUGAACCAAGGUGUGGUUAUUUCCGUUGGUCCAGGUAUCACCAACACCACUACUGGACAAGUAAUCCCAGUUUCAGUUAAAGCCGGUGACCAAGUUUUGUUGCCCUCAUUUGGUGGUAAUCCAGUCAAAGUCGGUGAUGAAGAGUAUUUGCUAUACACUGAUAAGGAGAUCUUGGCUAAGAUUGAAAACAACAAUUAG